AUGAGUCGAGAAAUUCUUGAUUCUUUAUCUCCGGAUCAAGUUGCUGCUCUGCCAUUCCCGUGGUUCAAGCCCUUCUUUAUAGGUCUGUGCCGCAAAUAUGUCGCAACACAAGAGAUAGCGGAAGCCAUUGCUGCAGAAUUUCUUGUUGAUGGGAUGGACAUCAAUGAAGAUUGGUGUCAGAACCACUUUGCUUCAGAAAAUCACGAGCCCAACUUUGUGCUAGGACUGGUUGGCGGUAAAGGCUCGCGGGUUGAUGAUUUUUCAUUGAAUAUGGUGACUUAUUUAUCAAAGCUCAUGAGGCCCAAUAGGUUCAAAGUCUUGCAGGUUUUUGAUGCUGAUAAGUAA